CUCGGGCAUCGUUUGCUCUGGCCUGGCGCCUGGCGCCUGCGCGGAGGAGAGGGCCGAGAGCGAGGCGGAGGGCGCCAUGGAGGAGCCGCCGGGGGCCGGGGAGAGCGGCCGUAUCUCGGUGCACAACUUCAGCGCCAGGCUUUGGGAACAGCUCAGCCACUUCCAUGCCAUGCAGCUAACGGACUCGCUCUUCUUGUGGGUGGGAGCGGCGCCCAGCCUGCGCAACCUCGCCGUGGCCAUGUGCAACCGCUAUGACUCUAUUCCCAUGUCUGUGUCACUUCUUCGAGAUGCUUCUGACAGCUCAAAUUCAAUAGCUCAGUGAUUAGCCAGGAAGACUAAAAAACAGGUGUUCGUCAGCUGCAAUCUUCAAAAUACAGACUGCACCUUCACAUUACUCAUAGAGAACAGGAUCAAGGAAGAAAUGGAGGCUUUCCUCAAAAAGUUCUAGUAGAGUGGUAGUAUGUGGCAAACUGCAACUUGUAUAUAUUUGUGUUUUUAAAUAAAUCAUGUGGAUUUUGCAAUGAA